AUGAGGAAAGGAGUUCAAAUGCUUGAGUUGGACUUCUCUGCAUAUACAGGUCUAUUUGAUGAAAAAUACAUAUUUAGUAACAAACUGUUAGGUAUCAGCGUAACCUCUGCUUUGAAGUCCUUGUGUUCUGAAUACAUCGAUUUUAAGUGCCUUGAAGUUCUUGAUUUGAAAACAGUUAAUGUAGACCAAGAAGUUCUUGAGUACUUCUUGUCUAACUGUUCACUUCUUGAACGACUGAUCGUGUAUGCUUCCUCAUCAUUUGUUAAUCUGAGAGUUGUUGGUCAAUCGAUUGCAUUGAAGUACUUAGGCAUUGAGAUAUGUGAUGCAAACCUAGUCUCAUUUAUUUAUGAAGGAGAUCUGCGAAACUUGCUUUUUAGAAAUCUACGACUUCUUGUUGAGGUUUACUUUUUGGAAAGGUUGCGACAUGAUGUAUUAGAGAUUGCCUUCCGGUCCUUUUCCUUCUGUCUUUCUCAACUGGAGAUCAUUCUCAAACUCAAUUGUACGAUUGUUUGGCUCGAAAGGGAUUUUGUAAUUCCUUUGUUACCUAAUCUCAAGCGUUUGGAAUUAGCAUUUGAUGAAGAUGAAGACUGUGCUCUUCUCCAUCUCAUAUCUUUUAUUAAGGAAUCUCCUUGCUUGCAUACACUAGUGUUGCUGGUUAAAUUACAAGUUAUCGCUAUUUAUGUUUAG